ACAAUUUCCAAUUAAGUAUCCACAACACCAAAGUAAAGCAAUUAUAUUGCAUUGUUGCAUUAAGGCAUCUUACUUUUAGUAACAUGGCCAGCAUCAAGGUUGUUGCAUGUGUGUUUAUGGUUUGUAUGGCCAUUGUGGGUGCACCAAUAGUCCAUGCUGCCAUCUCAUGUGGUCAAGUUAACUCUGCCCUAUCACCAUGCAUCCCAUACCUUACAAAGGGUGGACCAGUUUCUCCGGGGUGUUGCAGCGGCGUUAAGAGCCUUCUUGCGGCCGCCAAAACCACCCCUGACCGCCAAGCUGCAUGCAACUGCCUGAAAACCGCGGCAGGCUCCAUUCGCGGCCUUAUCGUCGCGAAUGCCGAGUCUCUUCCCGGAAAAUGUGGUGUUAGCAUCCCUUACAAGAUUAGCACCUCCACCAACUGCGCCACCAUCAAGUUCUGAAGAAUAAUGGAUGUGGUGGAAGAGAAAGAGGAUAACAUACAUAGCCAGUUUCUAGUAGCUUUAGUUUUCAGAUAUUUAAUAAGAAUAAAGGAACGCAAGAAGUGUUUCACUUAUGAGAGUAUACUCUUGUGUUUCCCUUUGUUUCAUGACACUUGGCUCUAGUUAUCUUUGUGUGUGUAUCUCAGUUGGUUGUUGAAUACUUGAAUGUAUUAAUAACCUACAUAAGUAUAUAUAUUAAUUCCACUUUAA